AUGCUUAAUAAGUUUAUUAAAACAAGUUCAAUAUCAGCUGCAACACAAAUCAAAAUAUCUACUACAUCAUCACCAAGUCUUCAUCUAAAUAAUCAUCAUCAUCUUUGUAAUAUAUCAACAACAACACCAAUAACAACAACAACUUGUACAAAUUCUCAAUACUAUACCUACAAUAAUAACAAUAACAAUAGAAUGGAACCAUCUACUGCUACUGCUACUGCUACUACACAAGCUUCUAUCAACCAAGCUACAAGUUUCUUGGAUGCUUUAAGUUUGAAUACAACACCAAAUACAUCAUCUCCAUUAUCAACUUCUCCUUCUGCUUCUUCAUCAUCACCAAAGAAACAACCAUAUUAUCCAAAACAACUACAAAACAAAAAGAAUGCAUUCACUUUACCAUCAUCACCAACAUUGGGUGCCAUCUCAAAGGAGAGUUUGCAAUAUGUCUACGAUGAGUUUAAACUUGGUGAAAAGGAUGUUCAACCAUUCCAAGCUGUCGAUCCAUUGAAUGACGCAAACACCAUUCAAGGUGUCACUGUCAAACAAUCAGGUGACUUUAUUAUCUUGCGAGUAAACAAUGUCGAACUCACCAAAUGUCAAUACAUCCACGUAGCACCUAAACUCAAGAAAUACCAACCAUCUCUAUUACCAAAUACUACUUUUAAAUCUUAUUUCUUGGCAAAUAAAUGGAAUGGAAUGAAUAUUCAAUUCUUUAAAUAUUUCGAUGCAAAUGGAAAGGUUUAUGUAUCUGCAAGACCACGUGUAUCAAACUUUAUAUCAAACGAUAAAAAGAGUAAUACAUUGGAGGUUGUGCAAGAUAUCUUGGCAUCUCCACAAGACGAUUCAAAGAUGGUAAAGAAUUUGUUGGAAAUACUCAAGACUAGUAUGUCGUGUAGAUCGAUGGUAUUUGAACUUUGUGGCUCACGUGUUGCCCAUAUUGUUAAAUACAACUUUGCAGCUAAUCUUCAACCCCUUUUCGAGAUUUCAAAUGAUGGUUUCAUCAAACCAUUUAUUCCUUUGGCUGCCGAGUCAGCUGCUGCCGAUCCAACUUUGGGAUUGGUAACAUUGGAUGAACCAUCAACACUAAAGAACCUAUCGAAUCUUGUAAAGGAUAUAAAGGAGAGUUUGUUGGAAGUGAACAAAAAGUUUAGAGUUGAUAAUGGACUGUCAGAGAAUAUGUAUUGGUACAACCACUUUUUACAAGAGGGACGUGUGUUGUAUAUAUUGGACGAGAAUGGGCAGCAACUGGUCAACGACUCGAUCUUGGCCAUCAAACCAGCCGACACGGACAAGUUCCAUUGGGAGCAGUUUGACAGCGGCAUCCAGACAAAGGUGCUCAUGAUUGCACAAGAGUUGCGUGAAAAGGGGUCGGCCGUCGACAAACAGUCGCUUCGUCGCGAGCUCGAUCUCGACGAAUUCUCUUGGGCAAAAUGGGAAGACGAUAUCAUGGAUUUGGCAGUAUUACCAGAGUUUAACAGUGGUUACAAGACCAGUGCUAAACCAGGUAAACAAUCUGCUGGUGAUCAACAGGCUACUACUGGUGCCAGUGCUGCUGUUAAACACGUCAUAUUGACAGUUGGGUAUCCAGCCAGUGGCAAGAGUUACUUUGCACAAAAACUAACCGAGCUUGGUAAAUGGAAACGUGUGAAUCAAGACGAGAUGGGUACAAGAAAAAAGUGUGAGGAUAUCCUCAUUACACAACUCAAGGCUGGCGAGUCGGUCAUUGUCGACAGAUGCAACUUUGACAUUCAACAGAGACGUGUGUGGAUCAAGUUGGCACAAAUGUACGGUGCCACCAACAUCCACAUUCUCUGGUUCAAACCAGACGUAGAGACAUGCAAGAAACGUAUUGUCGUGCGUGAGAACCACCCCACCAUCCCCAAGGGAGAGGAAGGUGUCCAGAUCAUCGACAAGUUCCAAAGCAUGUUUAUUGCUCCCUCGACCGCCGAAGGAUUUGAAAAUAUCCAACUCAUCCAAACUGAACAAGAGUCAGAUGAAGCCAUUCAAAAGUAUAUUCAAUUAUUGGAACAACAUGAUGAAGAACAAGACAACACCACCACGACUACAACUGUAACAGCCGAAUAA